UCGACGCGCUGCAGGUGUGGUGCGACUGGAUGCUUUAUCACACCGGCACGUGGAAUCCGCCGCCCUUCUGCACAGACUACAAAAUAGGUGCUUCCACCGGACACGACCCGUGGUCCGGAUUGUCCAACCUCAUGACACUGUUGGCCCGGUUGGACACCAACAAGGAGGUUCUCUCGCUGGAAUCGAAAGCAGAUUAUGAAGUCGUUCGACUCCAGGAGGACAUCACUCUGGCAGGGUUCACCCCUCUCAUGUACAAAGGCCCUGAGCCCAUCUUCACCCACAAAUCGCACGACAUGGAAGAAGCUCAGAAUGCCCUUCGAGUCCAGAAGCUGAUAUUCUUCGGAACGGGACACCUGUGUACGUGCAAACCGCCGGUGCUACAGAAGGUGACCAGACAGGCGGGCGUGGAAGAGUUCAUCAGCAUAGUGCAGAACCGAAUAGAGGGG